AUGAACGAAUUUUGCAAACGCCAACCUCUGACCUUCAACGGGGAUACCAACCCCACCAUGGCUGAAACAUGGCUGAAAGAAGUCAAUGUGAUCUUGGACACCUUGGAGAUUAACCGAGAUGGAGAUCGUGUAGCCUUAGCCACAUACCAACUGAAAGGAGAAGCCCGUUAUUGGUGGGAUCUAAUGGAGGCAACCCGUGCCAUAGCCACCAUGACAUUUGCCGAGUUCGAAACCCUAUUUCUCGAUAAGUACUUUCCCAUGCCUCUUCGUUUGGCCAAGGAACAAGAGCUCCUAAACCUGAAACAAGGAACGAUGACCAUCAUUCAAUACGCAGCCAAGUUUAAAGAACUGUCCCGCUACGCCCAAACUACCAUUGCAACCGAGGACAAGAAAGCGAGAAGGUUUGAGUGGGGGCUGACCACUGCUAGAAGGGCUGUGGUAGCUCAGACUUUUCCCACCUAUACCGGUGUUGUGAAGUGUGCUCUUCGAAUGGAGAGUGAAGAGAAUGACUUCAAAACCCGAUGGAGGAAGGCGACAGGACGUGGCGAACCGCAGAGGGGCAGCAGAAACAUAGCAACAGUUCAGUGCUUCAACUGUCAGGCUAUGGGCCACUACAAAUGUAAAUGCCCCCAACCCCAGAAGGAGAGAACUGAAGGUUUUGGAAGCCAAAAAGCUCAACAGCCGGGACAGGCCGGAUUUGGGAAACAAAACCCAGGAGGCCCAUCGCAGCAGCUGAAUGGGCAAAACAAGGGGAAGCAGCCCGCCGGAACCCAGCAAGGCACUGGAGGACGCAUCUUUGCAUUACAGACUGAGGAGCAGGAGUAG